AUGCGGGCAGAAGGGACGCAAUCUUACCAUUUGCCUCGCGGUAUCUCAAGUGUUUGGUUUGGUGCAUCACACCAUUCAGGUGGACUGUCUUUAUCUCCAGAUGAAAUCAUAUCGAAUCAUACCAUUAAACAUGGAAUUGUCCCGAUAGAAUGUUACGAGCUCUGUCAGAAAGAACCUGGUUGCCUUGGAUUCAACUACAGAGACAAGAUCAAUGUUGUAAACUGCCAACUGACCAACAUCAUUGGAAAAAAAAAUCACACCGCAAUGGCUGGAGAAGGCAAAUGGAUACUAAUGGUCGAUGAAAAAGCGACAGGCUAUUUAGCCACCAGCUGUGCAGAUCUGUACAAUCAAGGAGUGAGAAAAGAUGGUGUUUAUAACAUCAAUCCUGACGGCCUACAAUCGUUUCAAGUCAGAUGUGAUAUGAGCACAGAUGGCGUUGGCUGGACCGUGUUUCAAAGAAGACAAGAUGGAAGUCAAAAUUUCUACCUUGGAUGGUCAGAUUAUAAAGCAGGCUUUGGUGAUCUUAACGGCGAGUUCUGGUUGGGCCUUGAUAAAAUACAUCGUUUGUCCAAAUCUUGCCAAAAUGUUCUAAGAGUUGAUUUGAUGGACUUUAAUGACGCUGAACGUUACGCUAAAUAUGGAACAUUUAGUGUUGCUGAUGAAUCAGACAAAUACAGAUUGAAUAUUGGCAAUUAUUCAGGUGAUGCAGGCGAUUCUCUUGCCUGGCACAAUCAAAUGCAGUUCUCUACCAAGGAUAAUGAUCAGUCUGCGAAUUGUGCUACGAGAUUUAAAGGAGCUUGGUGGUACAAAAAAUGUCAUCAUUCCAACCUUAAUAGCCUGUACCUGGGUGCAGGUCAGAGUAGAGAAACUGGAAUGAACUGGUUCUAUUGGAAAAAUUCAUGGCGCUCUAUGAAAAAAACGCAGAUGAAAAUUUGUCCAAACUGA